GGAAUAUACAGUUGAUCAAAAAUGGCAGGUGCGCGGAGUUCUGGAUGCCUACUUUGCGUCCAGCGACGCGUGAAGUGUGAUGAGCGACUUCCAGGCUGUGCGCGGUGUGAGAAAUAUGGAAAGCCGUGCCCCGGCUAUGUCAGGGACUUCAAGUUCAAAACUGGGAAACCUUAUCGUUCUCGACGCGCACCUCGCGCCGAUGGUUCAGAUUCUGAACGGAGCGGUCCUAACAGAGAAGACAACGGUGCAAACAGGGAAUCUAUAAUAUUGAGUACACGGAUGUCCACUCUGUCUUGCUCAACAGUCAAUGUCCUCCAAGGUCUUUCGUCAGUAGUCGACGACCUCUCUCAGCCCUGCUCGUCGACUUCAAUCCAUAUUGUUUCCAAAUGGUUCAGCAGUCUUCCAUGUCUUUAUGGACGGAACAAUACCCUGGAUGCAACUGUUCGAUGCUUUACAGCACACCAUAUUUCGAAGGCGCUGCAGAAUCCCCAGAUGGCGCGGUAUUCUAGAUCUGCGUACAUCGAGGCUCUGAGCAGACUUCGAAAAUCUCUGGACACCGCUUCUGAGCGUCUGUCUGCCGAUAUCUUCUGCGCGGUGCUACUUCUAUGCUUGUACGAGCUGUUUGCGAAUAAUCAAAAUCCAGACACGUGGAUGAAACAUGCAAAGGCUGUGAGUCAGCUAGCGGAGAUUCGUGGGCCGGACGCUUACAAGGACCCGUUCAAUAACACAUUACUCAAAGCUGCAAGAGGAUUGAUCGUAAUGCACUCUCUCUUCUCUGGGGAACGGUGCUUCCUAGCCUCAGAACGCUGGCAUGCCAUAAUGAAGCAGCGCAUCAACUCAUUCUACUCUGAAGGGCUGGAAGAUUUGUUAGAGGAAUUCAUAGCUCUAUUCACACUGGCACCAAGCCUUGUUCACGCGCUCUACGAUGUCAAGGCAUCAGAUAUGACAAGUCCUGCAACCUGGAAGAAGGCGUCCGAAACCUUGACCCGCAUUCUUGAGAUGCAGAACAGACUGUUAGAAUGGUAUAGCCGCUUUUCCCGCAUGGCACCGCCUCCAUACGAAAGGCUGUCAUCGACCAAUGAUGGAGUAUAUCCUAUCGUUCUGCAUUAUUCCGAUCUGAAUAUCGCCUCAAUAUUCAAUUCCUACCACGCGUACAUGGCUAUCAUACACGAGGCCCUACGGACCCUUGGUUAUCCUGGUGAACAUGAAGCUAUGGUCUCCUUUUUCCGAGAUCAGAUCUGCAAGUCAGUGGAAUACAACGGUGCCGGUCCACUAGGGCCGUACAGGAUGGGAUUUCCGCUGCGUGUGGCAUACCAGGCCGCAGACCCCCAAACAAAGGCUUGGAUAGAGAACCGUUUGGUGCAAAUGUCGCAGUAUUAUGCAGCUGUGCAACCCAGGAAUUUUGCCACGCCUUUUGAUUGA